AGGCUGGGGGCCCACAUCCUCGACACCUGCUCCAAGGACACCUACGCCCUUGAGCAGUCCCUCGACUUCGUCCGCGCCUCCCUCACCAAGGUGGACGGCUCCGAGCACAUCUGCCCCGACGGCUCCUACGCCGUCCACGAUGACGGGUGCUCUGGUGGGAACGUCCCUCUCUGGGGCACGUCUUCAGGCGCUCACCUCUCCUCCUCCACGCAGGUGGCCAACCUGCUGCGGCUCUUCCAGAUCCCACAGAUCAGCUACGCCUCCACCAGCGCCAAGCUCAGCGACAAGUCCCGCUAUGACUACUUCGCCCGCACUGUCCCACCGGACUUCUACCAAGCCAAAGCCAUGGCCGAGAUCCUCCGCUUCUUCAACUGGACCUACGUCUCCACCGUGGCCUCGGAGGGUGACUACGGGGAGACGGGGAUCGAGGCCUUUGAGCAAGAAGCCCGCAUGCGCAACAUCUGCAUCGCCACCUCGGAGAAGGUGGGUCGCUCCAUGAACAAGAAGACCUACGAUGGGGUGGUCCGGGCUCUGCUGCAGAAACCCAACGCCAGAGUGGUCGUGCUGUUCACCCGAAGUGAAGAUGCCCGGGAGCUGCUGGCGGCUGCCCAGAGAGCCAACGUGUCCUUCACGUGGGUGGCCAGCGACGGGUGGGGAGCUCUGGAGAGCGUGGUGGCCGGGAGCGAAGCGGUGGCGGAGGGAGCGAUCACCAUUGAGCUGGCAGCCUACCCCAUUAAGGAGUUUGCCACCUACUUCCUUAACCUCAACCCCUACAAUAACAGCCGAAACCCCUGGUUUCGGGAGUUUUGGGAGCAGAAGUUCAAGUGCAGCUUCCACACGCAGGACUGCAGCCGGUAUUCCCUCAAGAUGGGCAAGUUUGAGCCAGAGUCCAAGAUCACGUUUGUGGUCAACGCGGUCUAUGCCAUGGCUCACUCCCUCCACAACAUGCACCAGGCGCUGUGCCCCAAUGCCACCAAGCUCUGCGACGCCAUGAAGCCCGUCAACGGCAAGAAGUUCUACAAGGACUUUAUGCUCAAUGUUAAUUUUGACGCUCCGUUCAGGCCAUUCAACUACCACCGUGUGGACGGGCGACACCAGUAUCAGAAGGUGGGCUACUGGGCUGAGGGGCUCAUCCUCAACACCAGCCUCAUCCCGUGGGCUGAGGCCUCCAUCCCUGUGUCCCAGUGCAGCGACCCCUGCAAGAAGAACGAGAUAAAGAGCAUGCAGCCCGGAGACAUAUGCUGCUGGAUCUGCAUCCCCUGCCAGCCCUACGAGUACCUGCUGGACGAGUUCACCUGCAUGGACUGCGGUCUUGGUUACUGGCCCAACGAGACCCUGAACGGCUGCUACGAGUUGCCCCAGGAGUACAUCCGCUGGAAAGACGCCUGGGCCAUCGGCCCCGUCACUAUCUCCUGCCUGGGUUUUCUCUCCACCCUCUUUGUCUUCGGAGUCUUCAUGAAGAACAACGACACCCCGAUCGUGAAAGCUUCCGGCCGGGAGCUCUGCUACAUUCUCCUGACCGGGGUCCUCAUGUGCUACAGCAUGACCUUCAUCUUCAUCGCGAAGCCUUCCACCGAGGUGUGCACGCUCCGGCGUCUGGGGCUGGGCACGUCCUUCGCCGUCUGCUAUUCGGCCCUCUUGACCAAGACGAAUCGCAUCGCCAGGAUCUUCAGCGGGGUGAAGGAGGGGGUCCAGCGCCCCCGGUUCAUAAGCCCCACGUCGCAGGUCAUCAUCUGCAUGGCCCUCAUCUCUUGCCAGCUGAUCAUCGUCGUCAUCUGGCUGCUGGUGGAGACCCCCGGCACGGGCAAGGAGACCGAGCCCGACAAGCGGUACAUCGUCACCCUCAAGUGCAACAGCCGCGACUCCAACAUGCUCAUUUCACUCACCUACAACGUCCUCUUGAUCGUCCUCUGCACGGUCUACGCCUUCAAGACACGGAAAUGCCCCGAAAACUUCAACGAGGCCAAGUUCAUCGGGUUCACCAUGUACACAACCUGCAUCAUCUGGCUGGCCUUCCUGCCCAUCUUCUACGUGACCUCCAGCGACUACCGAGUCCAGACCACCACCAUGUGCGUCUCGGUGAGCCUCAGCGGCACUGUGGUCCUCGGCUGCCUCUUCACCCCCAAGCUCCACAUCAUCCUCUUCCAGCCCCAGAAGAACGUGGCCAGCCACCGC